UGCUCAUAAAUGUUAAUAAUAACUGAACAAUAGUUGCUAUUAAUAAUAAUUGAUUAACGGUUUAUUCUGACAGAUAUUAGCAGCAUUAAGAUCAAUUAGUGUUACUAAUUUGUAAUUUUUAAAUUUUUAAAUUUCCUAGUAAAAUCUGACACUAAAAUUAGGGGGGAAAAUUAUAAGCUUAUCACUAUAUAGUGUAAAAUAUCCUAGAAUAUGAAAGUAGGUGAGGUGGAGUUGUCGCUCGCAACCUUACACUUUAAGAUCGCCCGGGGAUAGGAUAAGAAAAGGACAACAGGAUCCGAUGGGAAUGGGAUUAUUUAAAGAACAGGAAAAGUGAGGGGGCUCAGGCCUGAAAGUGCAGUGCCACGUCAUCGAAUGUAACGAAUCAUCACCAUUCCAACUUUUCAAGUGUGGGAAGCCAGAUAUUUUUCAUGCUGCUAAAUAUCAGUCGCCCUGUGUUCUCCCACAUAGAUGACGUGGCGAUGUGAUGGGCGCUGACACGUGUUAAAGCGCUGACAACUGUAACUACCUUUGAUUAUUUUCAUUCUUGUUCCUGGUUGCAACCACCGCUUCCACCUCCUCUCCCAUUCCUAUAUCCUAAUGUGUCUCCCUCCUCCUCUGUUCAUCUUCGACGAGAUACUAUGAAGAAUUUCAGAUCGGCCCAAGUUCCGACGAUUUCACCCAACCUCCUCCACCAGUCAAGCGACUUCAAGCUACCACCCAAUCAGAACCAUCUGGGGAAGAGAUGCUUGUCAACGGAAGAGUGGACCGAUGAGAAACACAGCAAGUAUCUCAAGUCCAUGGAAGCAUCAUUUGUAAAUCAGUUGUAUAAUUCCAAGCAAGUGCUGGGUUGGCGCCCCCCUAAAGCAACUCUCUCGCACUCUACUGCCCCCAUCACUUCUCAGUGGAAGGAUAUGGGGGAUGGACGCUGGAAAGAGAUCAAAUAUGAAAGAGAGAAGGCGCAAACAAGUAGGAAGAACGAGGGGCAUCAUGAACGGAAGGCAAAGCCAUGGAUUCAGCAGGUGAGCUGCUCAAGUGGUAGCGUUGUGGAAGAAAGUGUAACGUCCAGAGACACAAGCAAAGUGCGCGGUACAGGCCCAAGAAUCCAUAUUCACUCAGCUCUACCUCACCACAUGUUGUUCAACGAUAUAGAGAUGACAGAUCAGAACUUUGUUGAUGAACAAGUGGCGGAAUGCUAAAACUCGAGCCUUUCAUACCCGAUUCCAUGCACCAGUAUUAAGAAAUUUCGCUGUAUUUGGAUAAUAUAUCUAUCUGUAGUGAUUCUGGAGCUGAGAAUAAUUGAUCACUUGCACAUGCACCGUUGCUAGAUUUGUUAAUACUGACUUGAAUGAAUAUAUGAUUGGAGAACACAUGCAUCACCAUUCACCAGCAAGCUGCAGAUGCACCGUUGCUCAUCUCCUUCAACGAAUACGGGGCUUCUGAUCUGCUGGUGAUGUAUGUAUGGAUGUACAAGUUACAGCAUCUGUAGUUAUUUUCUGGAGUCUGUAGCUCAUUGUCCUCACUAUUAAUUAUAAUUACGUAUGCUUCUUUA